GCCUGCAGCACGCGACCUGAACGCAGCGGGUUUGAGCCUCUCCGGCUGCCGUAGAAAAAUGCGUCACAGGUCAAAGUUGAACUUGAGGUGUCAUGGCGACCGUGGGGAGGAUGAAGAGUCCCGGGAAAACGUCCAGAAAAGCAGGGAGACGCUCCAAAACACUAACCGCUGAAGAAGAAGCCAGGAGGAAAGAGGAGCUGAGGGAGCAGCUGAAGGAGAAGAUGGAGCUGGAGAGGAGAGCCCUGGAGGUGGUGGAGCAGCUCCUGGAGAGCAGCGUGGAACAAGACUUCCUGCUGGAUUCAGCCACGUUCAUCACUCCAGCUAAUUACAGAGAUGCUGUGGAGGAGAGGUCGAUCUCAAAGCUGUGUGGUUAUCCAGUAUGUCCAAACCAGCUGGGCAAAAUCCCAUCUCAGCAGUUCAAAAUUUGUACAAAGACCAACAGAGUUUAUGACAUCACAGAGCGCAAGUGUUUUUGCAGUAAUUUCUGCUACAAGGCCUCCAAAGAGUUUGAGCUGCAGAUACCAAAGACGCCUCUGUGGCUCAGGCAGUUGGAGAGUCCCCCGGAGAUCAGGUUGCUGAAGGAAGGACACAGUGGGAGCGCCGGAGAGGAGGUGCUGCUCUCACAGAAGCGGCUCAAAGAGGAAGACGUCGAGAAACCACCAGCUGCAGAACCUGACGCCCCCUGCAGGGAUCACGGCUCUGCAGGAGAGGACAGCAGCGAUGGGGAACAGGACUUUGUCUCCAGUGUGGGCCUGCAGCAGCAGAAGCCCCGGGUGCACUGGGCCGAUCUACCACAACGAGGGGAUGGAAGCAAAAACUGGAGCCAAGGAGGGGGAGGUAACAAUGAGACUGAACGUCCCAGUCACCUCCUACAGAAGGACAGUGGAGAAACUCCACAGACACUCGGUCCCAUCACAGGCCAGGCUGAGCAGCUUGACUCACCAGACCGCCCUCCAGUGGAAGAGGUAACCGCUCAGAGGAGAGAUACAGCACCAGGACUCCCCAUCACCCAGGUGGGGGUGAGCAGGAGAGGAGCUGCAGGGCUGCGAGCGCUGCUGGGGGGGCAGAGCGCUCACCUCCUGGAGACUCUGAGGAGGACUCUGCAGGCCUGGUGCACCGAUCACACCAUCAAGUUCCUGCACGGAGCCACGUGUUCGCUCGCCUCCUCUCGUGACAAAGAAGGAGAGGAGGAGUUGGAUGAAGAUGAUGAUGAAGAUGAAGUGGUAUUGACUGAUGAUCUUGGGGACGGGAGGCAGCGGGGGUCAGAACCAGACUAUGAGGCGCUGCUGAGGCUCACCCAGCAGAUGGAGCUGAGAGAGUUCUACAAAGGGACGGGGGAUCUUCCUGUGGAGCCCAGAGGAAACCAGCAGAACCUGAAGGAGGCGGUUCUGCCGCUCAUCGACUCCCACGCUCAGCAUCUGAUCCAGAAACGCAUCACAGUGGAGAAGCUCAGCAGCUGCCUCAGGAGCAUGGUGGGCCCGCUGCACCUCACCAUGAGUGACAUCUCCACAGACUUGAACGACCUGGUGAGGACAUUCAGGUUCACCAGCACCAACAUCGUUCACAGAGUCCCGGAGUGGACCCUGAUAGCAGUGGUGCUGCUGCACGUCCUGUCGGCGGUGUCUCCGGUGGUGAGGGAAGCCCUGCAGGUUUCCACCUCAGUGGACUACGUGAAGACUCUGCUGCAGGAGCUGGGCCUGGAGGAGCAGCACCUCCUGAGUCUGGUGGAGCUGUUUAACCCCCCCCUCUAGCACACCCAACAGCAAGCAGACACGCAGAAAGUUAUUUUGUAAAUACUUUUUAAAACUUUUAGCUCUCUGGAUCCAGACAAAUCAGAUCCUCUGGAUCUGUUGAUGUUUAACCUGAGAGGAGCAGAUAAAUCACACCCAGUGAAAAGCCUGUGUAGACCUGCUGCUUCUACUGUUGUAAUAAAACCCAGUUAUAUCUCCAGA